AUGAGGGUCUCGGCGAAUCUGCCCAUAGUGAUGAUGUUUUGCGUCGUUGGAGCUAUUACGGAUGACACAGCCAACAGAACAAAUAGCUUCCCAAAUUUGCGGGGAAACCUGGCUCCCAAUGUAACUUCCUCAAGAUCCUUGCAGUCGAUCGAUCCUCCAUCGUUUGUCUACACACCUAACUCUUUCACCAGGAUUGUCAGCCUAUCCCUUGGGCACUUACUGUCUCAAAUGGUGGCACCUCCCAAUGGUAAAUCGUACACUAGAUGGACAUCAGCUGGAGUGAAGGAAACUGACCUCCCUGCACCCAGGUUGAACUUACACGAAUCUGGAUUGUACCUCUCUAUUAGAUUCCGGACAAAAUUAGAGUUGACUUAUGUCAUGGCAACAUCUAACAGCCCACCGAACCCCAUCUUGCAGACCUUCAUCAACUUUGGACAAUAG